AUGCAGGAGUCUCCAGGUGCCAUGGGUGUAGAUGGCAGCUAUGCCAGCAAUGUUCCAGCCUUCCUCACCAAGCUGUGGACCCUGGUUGAGGACCCAGAUACCAACCACCUCAUCUGCUGGAGCGCUACUGGGACUAGUUUUCAUGUAUUUGACCAAGGACGAUUUGCCAAAGAAGUCCUGCCAAAGUACUUUAAACACAAUAAUAUGGCAAGCUUCGUUCGACAGCUCAACAUGUAUGGUUUCCGUAAAGUGGUGAACAUUGAGCAGAGCGGUCUGGUGAAGCCUGAGAGAGACGACACAGAAUUCCAACACCUGUACUUCCUCCAGGGGCAUGAGCACAUGCUGGAACACAUCAAGAGGAAGGUAUCCAUAGUAAAGAGUGAGGAGACCAAAGUUCGCCAGGAGGACCUCAGUAAACUGCUGUAUGAAGUUCAACUUCUCAGAACACAACAGGACAACAUGGAGUGUCAGAUGCAGGACAUGAAACAGCAGAAUGAAGUGCUGUGGAGAGAGGUGGUCUCAUUGAGACAGAACCACACACAGCAACAGAAAGUCAUGAACAAGCUGAUUCAGUUUCUGUUCAGCCAGAUGCAGUCCAACACACCCAGCACUGUGGGCCUAAAGAGAAAGCUGCCCCUGAUGUUGGACGAUGGCUCUCCAAGUCCUCCUGCCUCCAAGUUCAGCCAUAGUCACCCAAUGGAGCCAAUGCAUGAACCCUUCUACAUUCAGUCGCCAUCCAGUGACACUGCUUCUUGCUCUACUAGUGGACUAACAGGAGGACCAAUCAUAUCAGAUGUUACUGACAUGUCUCAGGCCAGCAUGGCCCUGCAGAUGCAACCUGAUGAAACCAGGGAGAAGUGUAUGAUGCUUAUCAAAGAAGAGCCUGUGAGUCCAGGUGUGAGAGGAGGAGGGAAAGGAGGCAGUGUAGGAGGAGGAGAGGCUGUAGCAUUGACCUCCUCCUGUGAGGUGUGCUCCUCAGAACCUCCUGUUCUCCCUGUCGCAAUGGUCCAGUCUGUUCUGGAGGGGCGAGGCUCUACGGCCUCUGUGAUGGAGAGGAGGAGUAAGAGACCCGCUCUGGACAGAGUGGAGGUUUCAGAUGCAGUGGAGAACGUGGAUAUGAGCCUGGAGGAGCUACAGCAGCUGCUGCUCAGGAGCCAUCAACAGAGUACUGUGGAAGCUGGGACUAAUGCUGUCAUGGAUCCCUUCAGUUUAAGCCUACCUCUGACUGAAUGGAACUUCACAGAGAUGGAGUCCAACCUCAAAUCAUACAUGUUCCAGAAUCAGGAAGCGGAGGCUUUUCCAGCCACUGGCUGCGAAGAACAGUGACUGAACAGUGCAGUGGACUGUCCUUUCUGAAGUGGGAGGCCACAGACGCUGCUGUUACCCUCAUUAUUCCACUCUGCAUGAGUUUGAUCCAACGGCCCUGCCAGGCUCCUUCCUACUAGUGGCUUUAUUUUCAUUCUUUACACAUCCACAUACAUACAAAACGAACAGGCCUGUAUAGAUCAUGUGCAUUUUUUUUUUUUAAUGAACCGAUGAAAGUUUUUAUUUCCUGGUUAGCUGACUGCCAUUGGCUGUAUCAGCAACUGACUUUGGGGGCAUAACUGCCUGCGUUGGAAAAGACGCUGGUUUUCCAUAGUUACACCCAAAAAACAAGUGUGUUAUGAUAUGACUAUAUCUAGACUCCAACAUUAAGCCAGCUGGAUGCAGAUGGUGCAUUCUUGGCUCCAGCACUUUAGUCUUUGUGUGAGAGGGAGUUCUUGCUUGUGGAAGUGAUUUUUUUUCUUCCUAUAAAGAAUCUAUUACGGAUGUAUACAAAUGAA